CCUCCUCCUCCCUGCAGUCCUCCUCCUCCCUGCAGCCCUCCUCCUCCCUGCAGUCCUCCUCCUCCUCCCUGCAGUCCUCCUCCUCCCUGCAGUCCUCCCCCCUGCAGUCCUCCUCCCCCCUGCAGUCCUCCUCCCCCCUGCAGUCCUCCUCCUCCCUGCAGUCCUCCUCCUCCUCCCUGCAGUCCUCCUCCUCCCUGCAGUCCUCCUCCUCCCUGCAGUCCUCCUCCUCCUCCCUGCAGUCCUCCUCCUCCUCCCUGCAGUCCUCCUCCUCCCUGCAGUCCUCCCCCCUGCAGUCCUCCUCCUCCUCCCUGCAGUCCUCCUCCUCCCUGCAGCCCUCCUCCUCCUCCCUGCAGUCCUCCUCCCUGCAGCCCUCCUCCUCCCUGCAGUCCUCCUCCCCCCUGCAGUCCUCCUCCUCCCUGCAGUCCUCCUCCUCCUCCCUGCAGUUCUCCUCCUCCCUGCAGUCCUCCUCCCCCCUGCAGUCCUCCUCCUCCCUGCAGUCCUCCUCCUCCUCCCUGCAGCCCUCCUCCUCCCUGCAGUCCUCCUCCCCCCUGCAGUCCUCCUCCUCCCUGCAGUCCUCCUCCUCCUCCCUGCAGCCCUCCUCCUCCCUGCAGUCCUCCUCCCCCCUGCAGUCCUCCUCCUCCCUGCAGUCCUCCUCCUCCUCCCUGCAGUCCUCCUCCUCCCUGCAGUCCUCCUCCUGCUCCCUGCAGUCCUCCUCCUCCCUGCAGUCCUCCUCCUCCCUGCAGUCCUCCUCCCUGCAGCCCUCCUCCUCCCUGCAGACCUCCUCCCUGCAGCCCUCCUCCUCCCUGCAGUCCUCCUCCCUGCAGCCCUCCUCCCUGUAGUCCUCCUCCCCCCUGCAGUCCUCCUCCCCCCUGCAGUCCUCCUCCCCCCUGCAGUCCUCCUCCUCCCUGCAGUCCUCCUCCCCCUCCCUGCAGUCCUCCUCCUCCCUGCAGUCCUCCUCCUCCUCCCUGCAGUCCUCCUCCUCCCUGCAGUCCUCCUCCCCCUCCCUGCAGUCCUCCUCCUCCUCCCUGCAGUCCUCCUCCUCCCUGCAGUCCUCCUCCUCCUCCCUGCAGUCCUCCUCCUCCCUGCAGUCCUCCUCCUCCUCCGUGCAGCCCUCCUCCUCCUCCCUGCAGUCCUCCUCCUCCUCCCUGCAGUCCUCCUCCUCCCUGCAGCCCUCCUCCUCCUCCCUGCAGCCCUCCUCCUCCUCCCUGCAGUCCUCCUCCCUGCAGCCCUCCUCCUCCCUGCAGUCCUCCUCCUCCCUGCAGUCCUCCUCCCUGCAGUCCUCCUCCUCCCUGCAGUCCUCCUCCU